GCCAUGGCGGAGCAGGAGAGCCUGGAGUUCGGCAAGGCGGACUUCGUGUUAAUGGACACGGUCUCCAUGCCGGAGUUCAUGAACAACCUCAGGCUCAGAUUUGAAAAAGGGCGCAUCUACACAUUCAUUGGAGAAGUUGUCGUUUCUGUAAAUCCUUACAAGUCGUUGAACAUCUAUGGCAGAGACACAAUUGAGCAGUAUAAAGGACGUGAGCUGUACGAGAGACCUCCUCAUCUCUUUGCUAUUGCGGAUGCUGCCUACAAGGCUAUGAAAAGGCGAUCGAAAGACACGUGUAUUGUGAUAUCAGGGGAAAGUGGAGCUGGUAAAACUGAAGCCAGCAAGUACAUUAUGCAGUAUAUUGCGGCCAUCACCAACCCCAGUCAGAGAGCAGAGCUACUUCAAGGAGGUUCAGAGCAGCUUCUGCGCUCUCUACAUCUCCAGAAAUCUCUUUCGUCUUACAACUAUAUCCAUGUAGGAGCUCAAUUAAAGUGUUCUAUCAACGAUGCUGCAGAAUUCAAAGUAGUAGCUGAUGCCAUGAAAGUCAUUGGCUUCAAACCAGAGGAGAUUCAAACAGCGUAUAAAAUUUUGGCUACUAUUCUUCACCUGGGAAAUUUAAAAUUUAUAGUGGAUGGUGACACACCUCUUAUUGAAAACAGCAAGGUGGUAUCUGUCAUAGCAGAGUUGCUCUCUACAAAGACUGACAUGGUUGAGAAAGCUCUUCUUUACCGGACGGUGGCCACAGGCCGUGACGUCAUCGACAAGCAACACACAGAACAAGAAGCCAGCUAUGGCAGAGAUGCCUUUGCGAAGGCAAUAUACGAACGCCUUUUUUGUUGGAUUGUUACUCGCAUCAAUGACAUUAUUGAGGUCAAGAACUAUGACACUACAAUCCAUGGGAAAAACACUGUUAUUGGUGUCUUGGAUAUCUAUGGCUUUGAAAUCUUUGACAACAACAGCUUUGAACAAUUCUGCAUCAAUUACUGCAAUGAGAAACUACAGCAGCUGUUUAUCCAGCUAGUUCUGAAGCAAGAACAAGAAGAAUAUCAACGGGAAGGGAUCCCUUGGAAGCACAUUGAUUACUUCAACAACCAGAUCAUUGUGGACCUUGUCGAGCAGCAGCACAAAGGCAUCAUCGCCAUCCUAGACGACGCCUGCAUGAACGUCGGCAAAGUCACUGACGAAAUGUUCCUCGAAGCACUUAACAGUAAAUUGGGCAAGCAUGGCCAUUUUUCUAGUCGAAAGGUCUGUGCCUCAGACAAAGUGCUGGAGUUUGAUCGAGAUUUUCGAAUUCGACAUUAUGCAGGUGAUGUAGUAUACUCUGUCAUUGGUUUUAUUGACAAAAAUAAAGAUACUUUAUUUCAAGAUUUUAAGCGCCUCAUGUAUAACAGUUCAAAUCCUGUACUAAAGAAUAUGUGGCCGGAAGGCAAACUGAGCAUUACAGAGGUGACCAAGCGACCUCUGACUGCUGCCACUUUGUUUAAGAAUUCUAUGAUUGCUUUAGUAGACAACCUUGCAUCAAAGGAACCUUAUUACGUGCGUUGCAUCAAACCCAAUGACAAGAAAUCCCCACAGAUAUUUGAUGAUGAACGCUGCCGACAUCAAGUGGAAUACCUUGGCCUACUGGAAAAUGUGAGGGUGCGUCGGGCAGGAUUUGCCUUUCGUCAGACAUAUGAGAAGUUUCUUCACAGGUACAAGAUGAUUUCUGAAUUUACCUGGCCCAACCAUGACCUUCCUUCGGACAAAGAAGCUGUCAAGAAACUGAUUGAACAUUGUGGAUUUCAAGAUGAUGUCGCUUAUGGGAAGACCAAAAUUUUCAUUCGAACUCCCCGAACAUUGUUUACCUUGGAAGAACUCCGUGCUCAGAUGCUCGUAAGGAUUGUCCUCUUUCUACAAAAGGUGUGGCGGGGCACCCUGGCUCGUAUGCGGUACAAGAGGACCAGGGCAGCUCUGACAAUAAUCAGGUACUACCGACGCUACAAAGUGAAGUCAUACAUCCGUGAGGUGGCCAGACGCUUUCACGGUGUCAAGACCAUGAGGGACUACGGGAAGCACGUGAAAUGGCCAACCCCUCCUAAAGUUCUUCGCCAUUUCGAGGAGGCCCUGCAGGCAAUUUUUAAUAGAUGGAGAGCAUCCCAGCUCAUCAAGAGCAUACCUGCUACAGACCUGCCCCAGGUCAGGGCAAAGGUUGCAGCCAUGGAAAUGUUGAAGGGUCAAAGAGCUGAUCUUGGGCUCCAGAGGGCCUGGGAGGGCAACUAUCUUGCUUCGAAGCCAGAUACACCACAGACCUCAGGCACUUUUGUCCCUGUUGCUAAUGAACUAAAACGAAAGGACAAAUACAUGAACAUCCUCUUUUCCUGUCAUGUCCGUAAGGUGAAUCGAUUUAGUAAGGUGGAAGACCGAGCUAUUUUUGUCACUGAUCGUCACCUGUAUAAGAUGGAUCCCACCAAGCAAUACAAGGUGAUGAAGACUAUCCCCCUCUACAAUUUGACUGGUCUGAGUGUCUCCAAUGGAAAGGACCAACUUGUAGUGUUCCAUACGAAAGACAACAAAGACCUCAUCGUCUGCCUUUUCAGCAAACAGCCAACCCACGAGAGUCGAAUUGGAGAACUUGUUGGAGUCCUUGUGAAUCAUUUCAAGAGUGAGAAGCGCCACCUUCAAGUCAACGUCACCAACCCCGUGCAGUGCAGCCUGCACGGCAAGAAGUGCACUGUCUCCGUGGAGACACGGCUCAACCAGCCCCAGCCUGACUUCACCAAGAACCGCUCGGGCUUUGUCCUCAGUGUGCCAGGGAACUAA